AGGAAGUUUUGCAGCCAAGCAACUGCUAUAGUUCAUCAAUUCUUUCAAUGAUCCUUCUUUGAGCAACUUGCGGGAUCUUGAUUCAAGUCAUUCUGCUCGUGUGGCGUUUCUACCAAAACGAUGAUCAGCGUGCGCACAUACUGUCUCUUUUCCAUUCUAGCCACUGUUGCAUGCAUUACGCAUGCAGUGCAGGUGCGAAAGCAAUUUUAUCCCAUCGUUGUUCAUCUUGGGACGAACAAGCUCUGCGUGACGGUGAUGGGAAACAUGGUCUUCGUGGCUGCCUUAAUCUUCGCGCAAUUUGUGCGCAAGAUCUUUCUCGGUUCUUUGCGACCAACUGAAGAGCUUCGCCUCUACGAGAAGAUUUGGUUUGCCGUCACCGAGACUUGUCUGGCUCUCACCAUAUUCCGAGAGGAGUUGAAGUUUCGCUUUGUCUUUCUGUUCACAGUUCUCUUGUUUGUCAAAGUCUUUCAUUGGCUGUCACAAUUCCGCGUGGAGCAUUUCCAUACGGAGCUUGCGGUCUCUACUUUGACUCACAUCCGAAUUUUGAUGCUGAUGGGAAUCUUGUUCACUACUGAUUGUUUCUUCUUUGUUUGGCAAGCUAAAACCCUUCUCUUGGAAGGCCCUUCCUUCCUGAUUCUAUUUGCAUUCGAAUACGUGAUACUCGCGAGCACGAUCACAACGACCUUCUUGAAGUACAUGCUCUAUGUCAUUGACAUGAGACGACAUGGAAGGUGGUCGAACAAGGCAGUUUACAGCUUCUAUUUGAAUCUCAUCAGUGACCUCUUUCAGCUCUUCGUGUAUCUGAUCUUCUUCUCAAUCGUCUUGUCCUUUUACGGAAUUCCACUACACAUUGUCAGGGACCUCUACAACACGUUUGGGAACUUUAAGAAGCGGAUUGCUGAUUUCAUUCGCUAUCGAAGAGUGAUUGUCAACAUGAACACGAGGUUCCCCAACGCCACGGCAGAAGAGCUCUCUAGGAUGGAUCACACUUGCAUCAUCUGCAGAGAAGAGAUGCAGCCCCCUCACGCCAAGAAGUUGCCCUGCGGUCACAUCUUCCACUUCGAUUGCCUGAGAUCCUGGUUGGAGGAGCACAGCCAGUGCCCGACGUGUCGUAUGCAAGUUGAGAUUGACAACGCCCAGCCAGUGCCAGCACAAGCCGAAGAAGCAGCAGGCGAGCGAGAGGUGCAGAACCAGCGACAAGAGCAGGUGAGAGAGUCAGAGAGGAGGCGCUGCUGA